AUGGCGAGUACAGGCGGUCGUAUAGCAACGGAUAGUGACCUUCUGAGAUAUGCCGAAUAUACACCCAGACCUAAGCAAAGGAGUGAAACAGAUAUUGAUAAACGCGUUGGCAGCACACUAAUUGCAGUUGGACUUGGUGUUGCUGUAGCAGGAUUAGCAGGUCGAUAUGCCUUCCACUUAUGGAAACCUCUUGGUCAAGUUAUCACAGAAACUGCCAAAAAGUUUCCCUCUUCAGCAUUCUCGACGUAUUACAAAGGUGGAUUUGAGCAGAAGAUGACUAAGCGGGAAGCCAGUCUCGUUCUAGGGAUCAGUCCAACAAGCACCAAGACAAAGGUGCGAGAAGCCCAUAGGAGGAUCAUGGUCCUAAAUCAUCCAGAUAAAGGUGGAUCUCCAUAUUUGGCAGCGAAGAUCAAUGAAGCAAAAGAUCUGCUCGAGUCUGGCCAUCGGAGUUAACUGCCAGCGUUCUUCAAAGCACCAUUCACUCAGCCUUUUUUCUGUUCACUUUCAACCUCUGCCUGUUGUUCCUCCUCCGCUUCCUGACCUCACACUGACCGAUAUCCUCUCACAUGUUCUGACCCAGCCAACUCCGAGGCUCUGCAUUGCUGUUUUGUCAGCCAAGAACCUCAACCUCUGUGAAUCAGGCAUCAGAUCUUGAUCUUAUGUGUUAAAGGACCCAUGUUGUAGAUUGGAAGCAUUCAUAUAUAUUAACGUCAUUAUUGAAGCUGCAUUGUAAAUGUUUUUGAUAUGUCUGCUAAAACCCAUCAGUCUGGUUUGCAGAACUGUACAGGUAGAAACGUAAGUUCUCAAAGCUAAGUUAGAUGGAGUAAUGCUUGUAGAAUAUUAUAAGACUGAAUAAACUGUUCUGGUUAAUAAUA